AGAGCCAAAGAAUUGCCGGGAUUUUCAGAGUUGAGGCCUAUAAGGUUGCUCACUCUAAAUGCCUCGCAGAGAACACUAAAAGAAAGGAGUGUUCUGUUUACAUUAAAAAGGAGGGAUGCCACCGAUUUCGGAGGUGGAGGUGGAGGUGGGACUCAUGGAGGAGGGUUCUGGGGGCCUGUCACGGGCAGACUGCUUGUGCCCCAUCUGCCUGGAGAUCUUCCUGGAGCCAGUGACAUUGCCUUGCUCUCACACCUUCUGUAAACCGUGCUUCCUGGAGACGGUGGACAAGGCCAACAUAUGCUGCCCUCUGUGCCGUAAGAGAGUGUCCACCUGGGCCAGGCUGAACGGCAGGAAUAAGAGCCUGGUUAACGUAGACUUAUGGAGACGAAUACAGGAUGCCUUCCCUGUACAGUGUCAGCGCAGGUUAAAUGGACUGGAUGAUGAUGAUGACGUAAACACUCUAACCGUGACUUCCAGACCGAGGGUUAGCCAGCCAGGGGAGCUGAGAAAAGAAUAUGAGGACCAGAUUAACAAGCUGGUGGAGGAGAAGCGGGCUCUGGAGGAGGCGGAGAGGAAGGCCAGUGAGGAGUACAUUCAGCGCCUCCUGGCAGAGGAGGAGGAGAGGUUGGCACAGGAGAGGAGGAUGCAGGAGGAGAAACAGCUGGAGGACGACGAGAGGCUGGCCAGACUGUUGAGUGAAGAGCUGAAUUCUAACCCCAUCUCAGAAUCUCCGAGGAACAACAGAGCAAACGAAGCCGCUUCAGUAAAAAAGAAAAAACCCAGCGCUGGAGACAUAGAGAAAUUUUUGUGCCCCGUGUCCAACAAACAGUCCAUCGACCCUUAUCUAAGUCCUUCUUCCAGCUUAAUGGCCAACAAGGAGAACAUCUUGAGUCCACCAGCGAUGCUUCUCUCCCCGCAGAUGGCGGAUACCAGCUCUGACCCGGCUAUGCCUGAACUGGACUACUAUGGCAGGCCUUCUACGUCUUACACUGAAUCCCGUGGUCCAGAGGAGCCCCUGCCUCCCACCACCCCGACAGGGCUCCUGUACCCGGCCAAGAGGAAAAGCUCAUCCAUGGAGGGGGACGGAGACGCCAACCCGUUCUACCAGAAGGUCCGUCGCCCCCCCUCUUCGCCUUUGUCCCCCUCAGCGGAGUGCCCCCAGCUUGACAACGCUCCGUCACCGUCCGACCUGCUGAGAUCAGAGGGUUCUCUCCUGCAGGAGCUAGCCCAGUGCGAGGAGGACCUCCUCGUCCGCCGUCAGCAGGAGGAGGAGGACCGGCAGCUGGCGCUGCGCCUCCAGAGGGAGCUGGACCGGGAGGAGGCGACGCGGGCGGUGGACCGGAGCAAGGGCUCGCCCGACAGCUACCCGCUGCGACGGAAACCCCCCCGACCGGCGUCCGGCAAACACGCGGCGGGCCCGGGCAAGGAGGAGGCCGGCGGCGCCAAGAGAGCGCGCUCCUCGGGCCCCACGCCAGCCAAAGGGGAGAGCGAGAGAGCCGGGAAGAGACUGUCCACCACCGGCCCCCAGCAACCGGGAAAGACCCCACAGAAACCCCCUGUUUCUGCUCCGCCCGUCCCUGCCACGCCUGGGAAGAAGGGCAGCAAGCAAACUACACUUACUGAUAUGUUCCCCAAAUUCAGCAGAUGAAGUUCUUCACAUCACUGCAUUUUCAUUGCUGCUUCAGACUCUAUUUUUGGCCCCCCCCCCAGCCUAGGAAAACUGUUGGCAAAGCCUUAUGCGGAAUGUACUUUUGCAAGAAAAGUUGAAAGUUCGGAGUUUCUCGGUCGUUUCCCCCUCUGUGCCUUCUGAAUCGGAGCGUCAGGAGAUCGUAGUCCGGAUGAAAUGUCAGCGAAGGAAAGGUUAAUCAUUUCAAAAUCUGACAGUGCUUAGUGUUUACAUACUGAAAUGGUUGAGAAUGUGUGUGUGCUCUGAGAGAAAGUUAAACUUCUGUAUUUUUUUUCCUUUUUUUAGUUGGUAUCAAAACCUG